GCGCGGCUUGAGUAACUCCGCCGUGCCUGCGCGACCGGCGCUGCCCCGGGGCCAUGGCUCUGCUCCGGCUGCUGCUGCUCCUGCUCCUGGCCCCUCGGGGGCUCGGCGCCGCUGCCAGCCCCGGGCAGGGGACGCAGGGCCGGGAGCGGGCGGCCAGAGGCAGGCAGGCUGUUUACAACCACAUCAAGAGCCGGGAGCCUCCCCCGGCUCCGCGGAGCCGCUCUACGGAGAGCACCAUCUUGGCGCAGCGGCUCGCCGAGGAGGUGCCCCAGGACGUGGCCUCGUUCCUCUACACGGGCGACUCCCGGGAGCUGCGGCGUGCCAACUGCUCCGGCAGGUACGAGCUGGCCAGCCUGGCCGGCAAGUCGCGCUUCACCUCGCACCCGUCCCUGCACGGGGCCCUGGACACCCUGACCCACGCCACCAACUUCCUCAACAUGAUCCUCCAGAGCAAUAAGUCCCGGGAGCAGAACUUGCAGGAGGACCUGGAGUGGUACCGAGCCUUGAUCAGGAGCCUCCUGGAGGGGGACCCCAACAUCUCCAGGGCAGCUAUCACCUUCAGCACGGAGCCUUUCUCCUCGACCCCCCAGGUUUUCCUCCAGGCCAGCAGGCACGAGAGCCAGAUCCUCCUGCAGGACUUGUCCUCCUCGGCUCACCGCCUGGCUAAUGCCUCCGUAGAGACAGAGUGGUUCCACAGCCUGAAGCGCAAGUGGAGGCCCCACCUGCACAGGAAGGUCUUGAACGCAGGCCCCAAAACUUUGGAGAACAGCUGGAAGAGGCGAGAGAGCUUCACGGCGGAUAAGAACCACAUCAGGUGGUCAUCGCCUUACCUGGAGUGUGAUAAUGGGAAUUACAAACCCGGCUGGCUAGUGACUCUCUCAGCAGCUUUCUAUGGACUGCGACCAAACCUUCUCCCCGAAUUCAGAGGUGUCGUUAAAGUGGACAUAAAUCUGCAGAAGGUGGAUAUCGACCAGUGCUCGAGUGAGGGGUGGUUCUCAGGAACGCACAGAUGUCAUCUCAACAACUCUGAGUGCAUGCCAAUUAAAGGCCUUGGAUUUGUGCUUGGAGCCUACAAAUGUAUUUGCAAGACUGGAUUCUAUCAUCCCAACAUCUUUUCAGUGAACAGCUUUCAGAGGAAGGAUACAGAUAAUCGCUUUUCUGGAGGUGACUUGUCGGAGGAAGUCUACACCUGCCUGCCCUGCAGGGAAGGAUGUUCUUACUGUACAGAUGAUACUCCCUGCUAUGCACAGGAGGACAAGUAUUUACGGCUUGCUAUCAUCUCAUUCCAAACUCUCUGUAUGCUGCUGGACUUCAUAAGCAUGCUGGUAGUCUACCAUUUCCGCAAGGCAAAGAGUAUCAGGGCUUCAGGGCUGGUGCUGUUGGAAACCAUUCUUUUUGGAUCACUUCUUCUGUACUUUCCAGUUGUCAUUUUGUAUUUUGAGCCAAGUGUAUUUCGCUGUGUUCUCCUAAGAUGGGUUCGUCUUCUGGGCUUUGCCACUGUUUAUGGAACUGUGACGCUCAAGCUACACAGGGUUUUGAAGGUAUUCCUGUCCCGAACUGCUCAGCGUAUUCCAUACAUGACAGGUGGGCGAGUGAUGAGGAUGCUGGCUGUAAUUCUCCUGGUAGUCUUUUGGUUUCUUGUUGGCUGGACUUCUGCAAUAACCCAAAAUUUGGAGAGAAACAUUCCACUCAUUGGCCAAGGGCAAACAUCUGACCACCUGAUCUUCAAUAUGUGCCUCUUAGACCGCUGGGAUUACAUGAUGGCUGUUGCUGAAUUUUUAUUCCUCUUGUGGGGUGUUUACCUCUGCUAUGCAGUGCGGACAGUCCCAUCAGCAUUUCAUGAGCCACGUUAUAUGGCUGUUGCAGUUCACAAUGAGCUCAUUAUCUCUGCUAUAUUCCAUACAAUUAGAUUCAUUCUUGCUUCGAGACUUCAGUCUGACUGGAUGCUGAUGCUGUUCUUUGCACACACACACUUGACUGUGACUGUCACUGUUGGGCUACUUCUGAUCCCUAAGUUUUCACAUUCAAGCAAUAACCCAAGAGAUGAUAUAGCUACAGAAGCUUACGAAGAUGAGCUUGAUAUGGGUCGAUCUGGAUCCUAUCUGAACAGCAGUAUCAAUUCAGCAUGGAGUGAGCAUAGUUUGGAUCCUGAAGAUAUUCGGGAUGAGUUGAAGAAACUAUAUGCACAGCUUGAAAUCUAUAAAAGGAAAAAGAUGAUUGCUAAUAACCCACAUCUCCAGAAAAAAAGGUGCUCUAAGAAGGGCCUGGGGCGCUCGAUAAUGAGACGUAUUACGGAAAUCCCGGAGACAGUCACCAGGCAGUGUUCCAGGGACGAGAAGGACCUGCUGGAACACAGUGCUGUGAAGAACACUGCUACACUGAAAAAAAACCCGCAGGAUUCCACCAGUUCUGUAAAGCCAAAAGAAGAGACUACCAAAAACAGAGUCUUUUCAUUAAAAAAAUCCCACAGCACUUACGAUCAUGUUAGGGAUCAAACAGGAGAACCUAACAGCUUAACCACAGAAAGCACAGAAGUUAUAGCUGCUGAGAAUUCACUUCUGGAUUCCUUGACUGAUAACGAUGUAACCAAAAAAGCUCCUGAAAAGGUUGAAGCAGUGUCCACUGAAUCGGUCCCUUUAGUGUGCAAAUCAGUAAGUGCUCACAACUUAAGUGCAGAUAAGAAGCCUUUGCAUCCAAGAACAUCUGUGUUACAAAAAUCCCUCAGUGUUAUUGCUAGUGCCAAGGAAAAGACUCUGGGACUAACGGGUAAAACACAAAGUCUAGAAGAGAGCACUAAAUCUCAUAAAUCUCAGCAGAAGGGUAAGGAGCCCAGCAAAAAGCACUCAGCCUCUGAUAAAGGGGAGCAUAAGGAGUCUCACCGGAAGAACUCUACCCACUCUGAGGAAGCAAAGAAAACCCAUAAGUCUGGAAUUAUGAAACAGCAAAGGGUUGCUCAAACACCCACAAAUCCAGACACAGGCCCAGGUAAGUCUCUGCACAAGGACACUUUUGACAUAGGAGAAGUUUGUCCUUGGGAGAUAUAUGACCAAACUCCUGGUCCUGUGCCUUCUGACUCUAAGGUUCAAAAACAUGUGUCUAUUGCUUCCUCGGAGCCAGAGAAAAAUCACCCUUCCCAGCCAAAGGGGAAAUCUCAUCAUAAGCAGAAGACACCUGAGGGGUAUCAACAAUCAAAUCAACAGAGCUCAGAGAAGGUGGAGGCAGCCACUCGGGAGGCACAAGAGCAGCAGGUUUUUGAAAAUGAGAAAAAACAGUCAAAUUCCAAGUCUCAGGUCUCACCUGGGCAGAAGUGUGAGAACUUUAAUAGAUAUGCACCGAAUAUUUGUGCUGGGGAGCAUGAUGAGCUACCCCCGAAAGCUGUGGAAAACAUCAAUAAAUUGGUGGAACAGAAAAAAAAUGCCUCUUCUGAGGGAAAUGUGCUUUCAUCUGACUCCCGUAAGCCAAGUAGUUACUUACAGCAACCUUCAGCAUCUCGAGCUGAAGUCUGCCCUUGGGAGUAUGAUACACCAGAUUUACCAAAUGCAGAAAGAAGUGUAGCUUUAUCGAACACCUCUGCUAUAAGUGCAAAUAAAACAGCAACACCUCGAAAAUAAGAGGCUUUUGGACUGAGGAGAGUAGCAACAUUGAGAAGAAAGACAACAGGAAAGACAGAGGGGACUUAGGCCAAAAGGAUCUGAAAAUUCCUAAGGAGCAUCACUUUAAUUAAAGGAAUCAGCACAACAAAUAAGUAGGAAUUAAACAAAGCAAAUUAUUAUUAUUGUUAUUAUUUAUUUGUUGAGUGCCAACAAUGUGAUUAGCGGUGCCCAGAAUGUGUUCCCUACUCCAAGGAUUGUACUGUGUCAAUGAAAGUAACCUGCCUUUGUGAAAUUACUUCUCCUUUAAAAGGAACAAAAAAAAAAAAAAGGUGGUAACAAACGCACACCACAGGUCUUAACAGAAUUAUUUCUGAAUGCCAAAGCUGGCUUUAACUCGCCCUUGGGACUUUAGAGAUCCAACAGAAGUAGGGCACAGAAAAUGUCCUGAUGGCAAAAAGGGGUAUCAAUGAGCAGCUGUUAAAAUGACGACUUUUCACUUUGCAUAUUUUAAUCUUGAUAGCACUGCUAACUCAAUGCAUCCCAAAAAUACAUUUUAUAUAAUGAUUGCUCUCAUUUUCUUAUUACUGUGUGUUUAAGUACAUUGUUGUGUCUCAUAUUUAAGCAUUCCAGAUUGUAUAAUUUUUGCAAAUAACUUUGAUAUUAUGUGACACAACAACACAUUUAUGCAAUCUGCAGAUAUUUUCUUCCUAUUGUAACUUAAAAUACCUGCUAUAGACUUUUUGUUAAUAUAUAGAAUUACAGUAAUCUUCCACUGGCUGUGGAAGCUGUAACUCUCAUUGGGAAAUUCCUUUGGGCUUUGGGGAUUUUUUUUCCUUUCCUGUGAUUUAUAUAGUGAACUUUUUGUUUUAUUCUCUGUUAUUUAAAUUUAUAGUUUGAUACUGUAUUAUUCAGGGGUUUUAUACACAGCAAGUUAUUUGUUAUGCACUUCCCUGUUAAUGCUCAUAGACUUUGUCAAUAGUGGAAAUCCAGUCGUCUUAGCUGCAUAUUCUGGUAAGUCUUAGGACAACUUAUCUGUUGUUUGUUAGAAAUUGGAAAAUAUAAUCUAAGAAACCAGAAUACCAAUUUUAAACAUCCAUAAUGAUGAUCUUGUUCAGUAUUUCAUACUGAGGAUAUAUUUCUAAAUGAGACAAGCAAGAAUGACAACAAAUAUACCCCAGAAAUGAUGACCUGCUUUUACUAAAACCAGACAACCCUGGGAAAUAUAUUAGCUAGCUCAUAUGGAACAACAGUUUACUGUUUAUCCCUGUUGGCAAACCUCCAGUAACCGGCCUUUGGAGAUACACAAGUGAGGAGAGAGAAUCUGAAAUAUUACUCUUCCCCUAUAUAUGCAACUGUAAGAGAUAGCAGGAAUGAAAAUGAUGGCAUCUCUCUCCCACUCUCCAAACGCUUAGGUUUUAUUUAUUUAUUUUUAAUUUAUACAUACAUUUACACUAAAAGUAUUUAGUAUUUUACAGUGCUAAUUUUCAGUAAUAGCUACAGUCCUCAUCCUGCAUAUGAGCUUAAUUCAAAGGUGGCCCGUUUACAACUAUGAGUCUUAGUGCAGAAACACUCAUGGUAUACCAUCAGGGCCUAAGAGGUAUCAUAGAGAAUCUGUGCAGCACUAACAAUAAAAACUAGGUUCCACCCUCGCCCAUCUGAAUGUAGUACCAGUGAAGUGCUAUUCACUAGAAUUGGCUGUACGUACAGUACUCCAAAAUACAGACAGCUCAGUCCUAAAGAACUCGUGCAAUUUGAGAGAAGUGAUGGGAUUCAAUGAAAGAACACGAAAUGAGGAUGAUUGAAUAGAAUGUGUUGUUAAAUAUAUAUAUAAUAUAUAUAUAAAAUAGAUAUUUAUAUAUGUUUAAUAUAUAUAUAACAUGUCAUAUCUAAUACACACUUGCACAUAUAGUAUAAACUGAUUUUUGUGGCAUCAUAGAAAAAGUGGCUUAAGAUAAAAUGCAACAAUCAGAGGGACUUAGACAAGCUGGACAUGAGCAGGAAUUUUUUUUGUCCUUUGACAUGGACAGGAGAAUACUAGCCCAUCUACACUGACAGAUCAAGACAGACCUGAUCUUCCUACUGCCUCUGUGAAGCCCAAAGCUGGGACAUGCAGAUGCCUAAGCCAGUUGGAAACAAGUCAGCUCAGGUCCCAGUGCUCUCUGAACACAUUGGCCCUACUCAUAAAUUCUACCAAGAGUCAGAGCCUGUUAGCUCUAGGUGACAGUGGCCAAACUGCCCCAAGCAACCUGGUGAGCCUGUGCUCGAUUCCACCAUGGGGACAUGCCGACUUAGGUCUUUGCUGGCCUGGGCUGGUCUGACUCCCCCACCUCACUUUUGGAGGGUGUAAGCAUGGCCUUGGAGAGCUGGUCUCUACAUUCAACACACAUCUUCUGGCCAGGACCCUUACUUUGGCCACCUGUGCACCCACUUUGCCCACACAGCGCCAGUGGUGACCCAUGUGCAGCCCAAACCCAGCUCACUACUGAUUUUGGAAAAGAGCUGAAGUUAGAGCCCAUGUGCCCAAAUUCCCCCUCCCCAAUCCCAGACACUCACAAAAUUUGGAAGUAACUUUUCCAUCAGCUUCAGUGGGAUUUGAUCAGCUCUUCAGUGGGGAAGUAACCCUAAACUUCCCUGUGCAGGAAGAAGUCCAUCCUGGGAACACAGCUCUCUGGAAUUCCUGCGGGGGCACACUGACCCUUUCCAGAGAGAUACACCAUUAAAACCUGAUGAAUAUGGUGAUCAUCUUGUUCCUCUCCUACCCCUGGAAGAAGGUCCUGCAGCACAUCCAGGAGGUGGUUGGUAUGAACGGGGGAGAAGGGCAGCUUACAGCAGGUUGCCCUUACAAAGGCGCUGAGGUUCGAAGUGGGCAUCUGUAGGGGAGUCAUGGAAAGAGAUUUUUGUACAUCCUCACUGCCUCUUAGAGACGGAUGUUCACAAGGAGCAGGCACCAGCCCCAGUGCCCUAACUUGUCCUGGUCUCCUUUCUUUACCUCAAGGACACACUGCUGCUUGGUGGAUGGUGCAGCAUCCACCAGGGGUGAGGGCAUCCACAUCAGCCACACAGCACCACUGUCCCUUGCUGCACUGGCAGGAUCCAGCCCUUCAUGCGUGACUCUAUCUGUGCCGCUCUUCUCUAUCUACAAUUCAUUGCUCUUUUUUUUUUUUUUUUUUUUUUUUUCUUACUUUUUAAAAGAUAUCCUCAUUAGAAACACAGAAACAAAGCCCAUUCCUUAGCUGGUGUACAUCAGCCCAGCUGCACUGGCAGCAGAAGAAUGAAGGCUGGUUUACCAGGGAAAGCACUGGCUUGUGUACUCUUGUUUGGUUUUGUUUUCUUUCAUCCUGACCCUUUCCCUCACUUCUUAAAAAAUGUCUGUUAUAGUUCUUUAGGCUUGUUGUAGUCAUAUAUCCUAAGACUGAAACAAUUGGAGAUCUUUCCUUCAGAAAGCAACAAAGCUUUCCCCAGUUUGUUUAGCAAUGGAUAUUUGGGCUACAGAUUCAAUUGGUACUUUAGAUUAUUUUGCACUUAAGAAAGAGGGGCCAAACUUCACUCAACUAUUAUAUUUCACUAUGAUGCUGCUAGAAACAUUGCUUAAUGAAGACAUACUAAGUUAGACAUAACUAAUGUUCUGUAUUUCAUAGAUUUUUCUCCACCAGCAUAUAUUGGCUAGAUUGCUUAGUUGUCUUUUUCUGGAGUUUCAUUGUCAUUAUUCAGCCAAGAGAAGUGCAACUCUAGAAUUAAGAUGUUUUCUAGCAGAUCUGUUAAGAGAAAAGAUAAUAAACACUAAGGUCACAAACAUUUGCUAGGUUGUCCUUUUAAAUGCAUGUGCAAGCUGCAUUUCUCCUUUAUUUCUAAGCCAUGGUUUAUAAAUAAUUAGAUUUAUACCAAUCUUAUUAGACUUGUAUAAUUUAUGCAAGAUUAUACGCUUUAAAAUAUAAAUCAGUACACACCUAUCAUCAGCUUUGGUGGCAUCAUAGACCUGAAACUGGACAAUACUUUUAUAUUUGCUCUCCUUAGGCUUUUGCAUGCAUAUGACAACAGGCAGGCCUGAGAAAACACUGCCUUUUGACUUUUAACAUUUUAGCUACUCCAAGUUGUAGAGUAUAUAAAGCUGUAAGUCUCUUCACUUUAUAACGUGGUUCUUAUAACAAUGUUAUCUGGCAACCAACAGCAUCCACCAUGAACUACUUGAUAGAUUUAUGUUGUAAUGUGUUGCAGCAUGUAAAUAAUGUAACUUCUCUGCAAUAAAGCACAUUUAUAUGAAAUC